AAAGUCUGCCUCAUUUGACGUCAGGAGGGAAACUGUCUGCUACAGUUUGGCGGCAGAGGAGCUACAGGACGUCUUCCUCAAACACCAAACCCCGAACCAAAACCCCCCGGUGCGUGUGAGGCUCCCUCCCGACACUCGAACACUUCAAGCCGGCCUGGUUGGUCUCCAGCCGCCGUUACUCUUCUUCCACACCGGAUACGACAACAGUUACCAGGAGACAGACUUCCGUUGUCAAACCAGUCGAUAUUUACUCGAAAGCGUCGGCAUGUAAGCGGCACAGUGUUCAGGCGAGGCUGUCUGUCAUGAAGAAGCGAGCCAACAAGGUGCUGGAGGAGGAGGAGGAGACGUUGUGCUGCUGCGAGUAUGUCAACAGGCACGGAGAGCGCAGCCAUGUAGCAGCCUGCUGCUGCGACUGCGAGGACCUCGAUGAUGUCUGUGACAGGUUUUUUAAGAGGGAGCCUCAGAAACCUGAAUCCUUGUCCCAGGUGGCUGAAGUUGUCACAGACCGGAUCCGUGUGCCCUGGCUGUGGGGUGGAGCCCGGAAAGUGGACCUGUCUGUCAUCCCUCCUCUUGUAAUCCUCCCCGUCCUGCUGCACCUUGCUGCGUUACACUUCCUGCUCGGUGUGGUGGUUCUGACAGCUCUGCCGGGCCUAGUGCUGUGGUACUACUAUUUCACCCACCGCAAGAAGGGACGCACACUGUUUUUCCUCAGCCUGGCCCUCUUCUCCCUGGCCUACAUGUACUACCUGUUCAUCAUAGAGGUGCAUCCCCGCGGGGAUGUUGGACUGGUCCAGCUGACAGUGGUAACAUUAGGGGUCAUCCUUACACUGGUGGCCCUCGUCCACACCAAGAGAGAACCUGGCAUCGUGCGGCCAAACCAAGAGGCCGUCCACAGCACGGUGACUUAUUACAGCCCUCUGGCAGACAGAGAUCUCGCCAUAAAUGCGGGGAGGCAAGAUGCGAUGAUGACAGUGGCCAACCGGGCAGGAUCGUCGGAGCAGGCGAUUGCGGAGCAGAAGGAGAGUAGCCGAAAGAACUGGUGUCCGGUGUGCAGGGUGGUGCGGCCACCGAGGGCGGGACAUUGUCGGAUCUGUGGUGUCUGCGUGCUGCGUCUCGACCACCACUGUGUCUGGAUAAACAGCUGCGUGGGGCAGGCCAAUCACCGCAGCUUCCUGCUUACGCUCGUCCUCUUCCUGUUGACGUCCCUGUAUGGAAUCAGCCUGGUGCUGCAGAGUGUGUGUCCGAGACAGAACCUCCUCACAGCCCUGCUCUACUGCCCGGGGGUCUACAACCAGUAUAGCACUGCCCUGUGCUUCACCUGUGCGUGGUACAGCAGCAUCGUGACUGGUGGGCUCCUCCACCUGCUGGUGGUGCAGGUCAUCAACGUCAGCUACAAUGUGACCGAGCGCGAAGCACGCAUCGCCCUGCGAGAAAAAACCGCUCGCAGCGCCUACUGGGGACUCAUCGUGGACACCGGCGUCUACUCUCGAGGUUUCCGUGCCAACUGGGCAGAGUUCAUGAACAUGACGGACAAAAUUAAUCAUCCCUCUCCCGCCCCAACAGACUUGGUUGCCUUGCUGGGAGUCAGGAAAAAAGACAAAUGUGAGAAUGAGUGAACCCUGAACAACAAUAAGGUCACUGUUGAUCCUUGUAGGGACGUUAUCUCUGAGCACAGCAGCAGCAACAAGAUGUCGCCUCGGAAACCGGUCGGUCCUGACCAACACGGGCUAGACGUCAUUUCAAGGACUCACUACACCUCCUCCACAAACAAAGGAGGGAACUUUACCACUACAAGAUAUUUGUCACAGAUAAAUUAAACAUGGCAGCACAAGUGUUACAUAACAUAAAACAUAAUGAAUGAUUUGAUAGGUAUGAAUAUAUGAGUUGUGACUUUUAAUCUGGUUCAAACUGACUUCUGCAUUAAACAGCUGUGGAAAUAUAUAUAUAUAAAAGAGAUAAAUCAAUACAAAUUAAUGUCAGCUAGAGAAUUUAGAGUCUACUCUUCACUGCCUUCCACUAUAGCCGCUUUUAUUGGCUGUCAAAUGGAUUGAAAGCUUUUUUUUUGUAUCCUAAAAAUUGUACAGGUCCAGUGAGUGUUUGUAUGAAAUGAACUUGAAUUUCUUUUUAUUAAAUUAAUGUGAGAAAUGUA